AUGAGCUUACGGGUCGCGCGGGCCCCGUGCCUGGGGCUUGGCGCCAGCUGCCGCCGCCGCGCCUCGAGCUUCCCGGCUCCGUCCGGCGCCGAGGGCGUGGCGGAGCUGCUGCGAGGAGCGACGCAGGCGGAGGAGGGCCCGGCGGCGGAGACGCGCGGCGCCGGGCCAUGCUCGGUGCUGCUCUCCGGCCAGGCAGCAGCUGUGGGCAUGGGCCGCGGUCUGCUCGCCUACCCGCGCGUCCGAGAGCUCUACGCCGCCGCCCGCCGUCUGGGCUACGACCUGCUGGAGCUGAGCCUGCACGGGCCGCAGAGCCUGGACCGCACCGCGCACUGCCAGCCCGCUAUCUUCGGUUCGCUGGCCGCGGUCGAGAAACUCCAUCACUGCAGCCAGCGGUGA